AUGGACAAAUACAGUAAACUUGUGGUUGGGAUCAAAGUUGACAUACAGCGUACCGAUGGUAGGUGAAGUUCAAUUUACAACACAAGAACAACAAAAACCAUUUUUUUCUUAGGGCUCAGUAAAAUCGACGACCAACCUACUUUUUGUAUUCAUAAAAUAUAGUGUAAUAACUUUUUCGUAGUGCGGUGUCAAUUUUUUCAGGGUUUGUUACUGUCGAGUAAAUUACCCGGCGCGUUAACAUAAUUUGAAGGUUGUUUGCCUGUGUAUUUCAGUGAUACAAAGUGUAAACAUCUCAUGUCUUUACCUCCUCGCCUUAGUAACGACGCUUUCCUUUUUUCAGGGGAAAAAUCGGUCUAAGUAUUAUGCGCUUUAAUGUGGGUUUCAUCAAUCAGAUCUUGUGGAAGAUUCUUAUCUACAUAGCUCUAAGAUACUCAUACAUUCUUCAUAAUAAGGAAUGUCUACAUUCAACACGAUAAAUAAAAAGUUUGCAGUUAUUUAUCGCCUCGACGUAAAUCUGUAGUUCUUAAUUCUAUAUUCACCAGUACCAGCACAAAUCAAGAAAUCUGUAGUCCCAAGAACAAUUUAUUAUUUGUUAAAAAAGAAAAAAACUGGUAUAUUGAAAGAAAAUAUGCUAAAAAAAUGACAUUCAGCUGGUGACUUUUAUGAUUUAUUGACACCCUAUUUCUUAAAAAAAAAAAAAAACAUUUGCUUAACAGUAAUAACAGUAUUAUUCUCUGGUACAAAAAUACUUAUACCAAGGCUAUCAAGCACUGACAGUAUCCUUUGAGCACUCAGGCCUCUUUAUCUUCCUAAGAUCAUAGCUGAAUAUCUCCUUUGUUUGACUGUAUUUUAUUAUUAUUUUUACUCUAGGACGCAUUCACUCCUCAAUGAUAAGUGGCAUUAACUUGGACACAAAAAGUGUGACUGUAGAAUGGUAUGAAAAUGGGGAGACAAAAGGGAAGGAGGUAAGAUUUAUAUUGUUGAGUUAUUUUUAUGGCAGUUUCAUUGUGUUGUGGAUGAGCUGAUUUAUACUCACCAAUAAGCAAACUGCAACAUGUUAAAAGCAGUCUGAACAAUAUCUUUAACAUAAAAUUACAACACACUAAGCUGCUAACGUAACCUGUGCCACCAAUUUUUUUUCGUUCUGUUUUUUUGUGGAGAUCCUGUAUUAAUCACAGAAUUAGUUCCUUCAAUGCACAAAAAAAGCCCACCCCCAAAGUGUAACUCCUGAAAAAAAAAAUGACUUUUUGGCCCAAAUAAUUUAUUGAAAAUUGUCUCACCCACAUGCAUGCUGGCUGCAACCAAUCAAGUUCUUUGCUUAUUUUUAUGCUCAGAACCUGUGAAAAGUCUUUCUGUAUUUAUGUGAUCUUUAGGAUCACAAUAUUCUCACAUGUCAAUGAUUAAUGAGACAAUAACUGUCUCAUUAUUUCAUUAGUGGUAUUAUGCUUCACUGGUCUUCACUGUAAAUAAAUAUGACACAACACACUCUCAGUCAGAAGAAAUAUUUUUCUAUAUAUUUUUAUUACACAAAAGAAAUGUUAAAGGUAUCACGAAAACUCAUACAUUCUUGCAAUGUUGUCUCAAGUGGUUGAAUUUAAAAACUUGCUGUUUUAAUGUUUAAAUAUUAUGUUUUGAACAGACAGUUUUAGCCUGGGGCAAGUAUUUUUUUUAAAAUCUUUCUCAUGUGGUUGCAAUUAGUUUAUUAAUAUUUGCUUGGAAAUAGAAAAAAAUUACUGUGUCAUUAUUAAUAUUCUUUCUUAAUUGUGCUACCUUAUAAUGUUCAAUCAAAUGCCAAAAAAAAAGGACUUAUGAGAAAAUGUAGUCAAAAAUGUAGUCAGAUAAAUUGUUGUCAAAAAAUCCACUAGAUCUCUAGAAUAAUUCCCACAAGUUACCUAAAUUUAAUUUGACUUCUUAAUGUGUGUUAUGACUUUAAGUUAUCUCUCUUAAAUGGUCCACCCAGUGGAUAGCAGUAAGCGUUUUGUUCAGCUCAUACCUGCUUAUAUUUUCUCCACACUGUUUUCCAAUGCAUACAUUUUUAAAAAAUAAUUAUUUAUAAGCCACACUAUACAUUCCUGCUCAUUUGGGAUUUCAUCUGUGAUCAGCACAUAAUGAACUUCAGUGAAAAGGAGGAACUUAUAUUAUUACUGUAACUCUGACAACAUUCAGCCAUUCUCACCUGAGUCCUGAUCAAGGUCUCUAGUUAAUGCUCAUUAUUGUGUUCGUUAGGGAUGAUAGUUAUAAAAUUAUAAAAUUAUUUUAUGCAUCUCUUCUUUCAUUGCAGAUUGAAGUUGACCAGAUUUUUGCCUUGAAUCCCACCCUUGUUGUUCAACCAAAGCCCUCAAAACCAACAAACAAAAGAAUUUCUUCAACACCAGUCAACAAAGUAUGUGAUUGUAAACAACUGCCUUGUUCAAAUGUCAUAAAUUAAUGGUGACUAGAAUUGUCCCCGGCACUUAUCAGUGCAGCCUGUAUCAAUUUAAUGUUAAAAUGUUUCUUACUUGAUUUUGCAGAAUGCAAGGAAUGAAAGUCACUCAGUGUCUUCUCCAAAAGCUUACACACCUUCAGGUCUAAAGAUUGUUUAUUUAAUCAUAUUGUCCCGAUCCAAUACAUGAAUUCUCAUCUGAAAUCUUGAUAUUUCAAAAUUGAUUCAGAUUGUUAGGAGGUUUGAGAAAUCAUGUGUUAAAGUUGGGUUUUUUGGUUUGUAGCAUUGAGAGCUUCAAGGAACGAAGGGUUUAUGAAAUCAGGAUUCUUCUAUAACUAUUGAGUAACUUUGUGUUCUCCUCCAACUAUUUUUUUCCUGUCAAACCCAUCUCUUAGCCUUUUGGAAACUUCAAUGCAUUACCCUUCUGUCAUCUUAAAAAUUCAUUUAUUGCAUUUAAUUUGUUUACAAGCAAUACUCCAGUUUUGAAUUUGCUGUGGCUGCUGAAUAGAGGCACUGAAGACUCGUUUAUACGUGGUUAGCCUCAACCUCAGAUAAAUAUGUUCACUAAUUCCAGUCUGACAAAGACCUGUGUACAACUGUGUCUAUUGUUUUAAACUCAAAUUCAGGCACCUUCUCCCCCUUAUUUAUGAAUAUUUUACUUUAGGCUGAGGCUAACCCUGUACAAAUGAGUCGUUGGCAAUUUUAUUCAGCGGCUAAAGGUUAUUGUUGGUUUUGUCCACAUAGAGUUGUACCAUGAAUUGUCCAUGCACAGAGCUGCACCCCCACAGAGCUAGGGUUUGUUGAUUUGAGUGGCCUUCACCCCUUUGAAAAUUAUUUCUUUUUCUGCUGUUAAAUAUUUUUAUACUUUCCUUUAAAAAAAUGGCCUUACAGAUCUCCAUACCAAGUUCUCUGAAUUGCCAGUAACCCUCGGUGGGGCUUAAGUAUUGCUAUUUAUGUAACCACAAUGUGAAGAUAUCUUAUCGGCUUUGCAGGGAAAGUUGAGCGUCCAAUGGCUCUUAAUCUUGCAAAUGAAGAUGAUGGAGGCUCACAGAUAGAGAUUCCACAAAAAGAUAAUCCAAGCUCCAAUGCAGGUAAAGUGACUGUUUGUAUUUUUUGAUGAUCACUGUUGCUAAAAUAAAAUCUGAGCACUCUCUUUCUUUCUUUUAAAGCUAUAAUCCAUUCUUUUAUUAUGGAGAAGUUAAAUUGGUGUGUUAAUUCACUUUUAUUUAUGGGUUGAAAAACUCUCAGCUUCAGUUGCCUCAGUCUGUUCUUGGGAGUAAAACUAGCUAUAAUUAACCUAUUUUGCAUUAAAAAAUUAAUAUUGAAAUAAAUUGUAUUUACCAAUAAUUUUUCAUGGAAUAAAGAAUCAUCCUUACAGUUGUGAACCCAAUUUAUGCAACUGCAUAAGAAGCCUGAAAACAAUUCAGGUCUUCAAUGGGGUUUGAACCCCUGACCUCACGAUACUAGUGUGAUACUUUAACCAACUGAGCUUUGAAGCCACUGAUGUUGGGAGUUGGUCAAUUAUGUUCAUAUAUGUUCCUGUGAAAGAGAUGAAUGUGAUAGAUGUAUAUGAAAUAAAUCAUGUUCAUCUAUCGAUCACUGACAACAAUUUUUCAUUUUGGUACCCUUAACAUUGUUUUUUUCUUCUCCCUUUUACAGUAAAUAGGAGACGGUCCAACUGUGUCAAGGAGAUUGAGCGUUUAAAAAAGAACAGAGAGGAAAGAAGGUAAAUAAAAUACAUUUUGGAUUCUCAAGCAACAACACCCAGGCCAAGUUCCUGAGUGUGUAAAUUUGGUUGUUAGCACAGAGACACAAUCUGAACAUUUUGAAAGGUUUUUUUUAUUAUUUCUUGUGGAAAAUUGAAUGCUAAACUCAUGUCUAUUGCACUAAUCUUUGCUAGUCAUCAAACACCUGGUACAUAAGGUUUUAGGUCAGCCCCCUUUUGUCUUAAUUAUUUGGAAAGAAACUCCUUGAAUGAAAAAUAGGAUUUGUCUCUAAUUGUCCUUGUAAAAAAAAAGUUCUCAGGUCUGAAAGUUUAUGAACUACAUGAAACAUGAACCCACUGAUAAAGGGGCCUACCCAGGUUUUGCUCUUCUUGUUUUACAUCACAGUGUGCAACUAAAGAGAGUUUAUUUGUGAGUUCAUGCUACCUUAAUUGUAAUUUCCAGAGCUCAACAGCAAGAACAGCGAGAAAUGAAGCUUCGUCUACAGCAAGAGGUGGAUCCUGGAAACUCCAACUGGGAAUUUUUACAAAUGAUAAGGUAUGAUAUGUCAUGAUACCAUCACAUGAGACAAAUUCAAUAAGAGCACAUCUAAUAGUUAUUUUUAUGUUUGUAAUAUUGUUUAAUAAUAACAUUUAUGUAUGGUAAUACCCAGAUAUGCAAAGUUUGUGAAGAUGAAAAAAAUUAAGAGUCAUUUUUCAAGGCUGUGCUAUAAGAAAACAGUGCUCUGAACCUGUAAAAUCUGGGGUGUCCAGCAUAUGAUUUGUAUGAAAAAAGUAAGAUUUUCAGUUUGUCCAAGAGCAAAAGUCAGGCACCAGGGGUCACCGGGUGCCGCUAGAGAACAGCCUUUCAUUUUAAAGGAAAAUCAUUGCUAUUAACUGUUUUUAAAAAUUAUUUUUCUCAGGGAAUACCAAGCAGAGUUAGAUAUCAAAGGACUGACAAUGUCAGACCCAGUAAGUAUACAAUAAUUUUGUUACAUGUAUUAUUCGUUAUAAUAAAUUAUUAUAAUUAUUACAGUAUAUUACUAUAAUUUUUAAUCAAUACCUUCUCUAGUUAGAGAGCCAGACAGCAACAAAAACAACAUUAACCUUUAUUUUCAUGACUAUAAAUAAGUAAUUAUUAUUUAUGGUAUUGCAAAAGGUACGUAAAAUAAGAAUGAAUAGAAAAAGAAAUAAUAUUAUGAAAUUAAUAAUAACAGAUAAUCAAGUGACAUUAUUCUUGCAUGACAGUACAUUGUCAUGCAAAUUACUCAGAGAGAUGAGAUAUAAUUCAACUGUAAAUUAACUAAAAUAAGAGAACCAGUAGUUCAUUUGAAAACAGCAGUUUCCCUAACAAUUCAUUAACAACCAUACUUCAAAAAUGCCUCUCAAUUUUAACAAAUACUUGUAAACACAUUUUAACAAAUACAUUUUGCCUUGCAUUGGUUCAGUAAUGGAUCAUAGAAUUUUUAUUAAAAAGUGUAAAGAAGCAGGAUAUUCAAGGGUAAUAUUUUAAAUCACAUUUCUUUGAACAUGUCAAUAACAUGUAAUAUUACUGUGGAAUUUUUUUUCUUCACUUAACAGGUUAUAGACCACCAAAUCUGUGUUUGUGUCCGCAAACGACCUCUCUCUAAAAAAGGUACUUGCACAAAUUUUACAAAUUCAUAGCAAUAAUUUGCUAAUUUAUACACCUGAAUUGACAGUAUUUUCUGGUGUUUAAGUUUGCCCUUCCAAGGGACAAAUUGAUAUGCCCCGUUUACUUGACAUCUCGAUUUACAAAAAUAAUGUACUGCAAAAAUAGAGUAAAUUAAACUGGCUUUAAUUGCUACAGCAUGUACAUGUAUUUGGUUUUAAAGGUUAGAAACUGUGUGUUUUUGUAUUCAUGUCAUGUACAUUCAUGCAAUUAACUGUUUAACUUCAAAUUGCAUUUCCUAUAGAACUUAACAAAAAGGAAGUUGAUGUUAUCAUAGUACCAAGUGGUGAUUACUGUGUGGUAAGUUUUCUAUGUAGUGACAGUGAGUUUCUAAUAUGGUGACAAUGCUUUGUUGAAAAAUUGGUUGAAAAAAUGAUUCACAUCAAAAUAAACAUAUUCAAGUUCUGUAAAACCUCUAAAAAUGCCUGUACAACUUGAUCUGGUUUCACUAUAAUGCAACAUUGAUUUAGAAAUAUUUAUAGAAUUUUAAAUUGUUUGUUAUUUCAGGUCCAUGAGCCCAAGCAGAAAGUAGACCUCACAAAAUACUUAGAAAAUCACAAAUUUUGGUAAGUGAGAAGUUUUUGUUAAAUGCAACUUGUUAAUUAUUAGUAACAGGUCAUUUGUGAUACUCUAGCUAUUCUUGACAGAAUUUGCCUUUGAUUUUGUUUUAGGUUUGAUUAUGCUUUUGACGAAAAUGCAAAUAAUGAAUUGGUGUACAGGUAAGCCUUUUCACUCCUAUUUAAUCUGCUGAUCAGUUCAUUAAGGGGCUGUUUACAUGGAGGGAGGAAGAUCCUAGUACCAGGAAGUUCCUAGAGGGCGGAUCAUCCUAGUGCCAUAUGUUUUCUGUAUUCAGUUUACAUGCAAAGGGUUGUACUUGUCCCUAGCACUAGGAUCUUCCUAGUACUAGGAUCCCUCUCGCUUAGAGGUAGGAAGUUCCUAGCACUAGGAAUAUCCUAGCACCAUGUAAACUGCUUUCGCUAGGAAGAUCCUAGUACUAGGUACAAGCGCGACAAAAAUGUCGGCGGGUCGUUCAGUGGCUAAUUACGGCAAUAAAGGCUGACCAUUUCGUUUGGAGUAAUCCACAAGCAGGUUAUUGUGUUAAUUCAGCUGAAAGGUAGUGAUUUACGCCGGUAAAGAGAGCAGAAGGACCCAAAUUGCAUUUUUGAUUUUGUCGUCCACCAUUUUUAAUUCCUUCUCUAACUUUCCCUACUUGGACAACUCACGGGCCGAAAUUUCAGCAUGUAAACCCAACGUAAAGUUAUUCCACCUUCUAGGUUCUUCCUGGUACUAGGAUUUUCCUCCCUCCAUGUAAACAGCCCCUAAGACGUUGGUGUGUUCCCAGUGGCAUUGGCUGUUGCUCAUUUUCGAGUUUCUCGUGUAAUAAUUAUGAAUGGGUGUAAUAUAUCUGCCCUCUAAGUGGUAAAACUGGUUAUAGCGCUGAAUGCGUUCAUCAAUGUCAAACGUCGGAAAAAUGUCUUAUUGAACGAGGGAGGGAAAUACGCGAACGCGCCCACACGUUAAAAUUACAACCCUCCAGGAAGGUAACACGCGGAGGGAAGAGAGAUCAACGCAAAGCACAUGUCCAACGUUGGCCACAGUUUGUAGUCCCUCGUUAUCUCUUUUCUCUCCGCCUAUCCUCUUUCUUCCGGGUAGCGAUUUCACGCCCGCUUGCUUCUCGAAGGUAAUGCGUUUCCUCCCCCUGAGGGUAGGGUUAUCAGGGGGAAAGGGAUUUCCGCACUUUCGCGCACUCCGUUUACCGUACACAAGAGCCAUUUUUGGUAAUGGGACUUAUGGCUCUUGCUGUACAUGAGGAACUUUUUUCAGUUACGCAAAUUAAUGACACAUACAUCUGAGAUGAGGACUGUUAACAUCCAUAAGACAGCUUCUUCAAACUAUACUCUGCUAGAAACAUGGACUCAUAAAGUGAGAAUUUGCAUUUUGAUAUAAGAGGAAAACAGUGAAAUCUAACACAGCGCGUGUUUUGUUUUUUUUGUUUUGUUUUGUUUUGAUUUUUUUUUUUCAGAUACACUGCUAAGCCUCUUGUGGACACGAUCUUCAACCAAGGAAUGGCAACUUGCUUUGCUUAUGGCCAGACUGGAAGUGGUAAAACGCAUGUAAGUUGACUUUUUCCCCCCACUACAGCCAACUUUCUCGUAAUGGACACCUCUGUAAAACGAGCACCUAGAGUUGGUCCCUGCCUUUCUUUACUCCGCUUAUUUGACUCUUUAUAAGACAGACACUUAGUGCUGAUCUAAAAGGUGGUCGUCUGAGGAUGGAUUUCCACUUUAACGUAAUUUCAACGUGCGUGCGUGCGUAAAUAAAAUAAAGGUGAUGUACGAGAUGUACGCGUGUAAACGUAAAAGUUGAACCUCGCUCAACAUUUGCGUUUACGUAUAUUACGCGACAGUGAAAAUCAGCCUUUAGAGAGAGUUAAUUGUAUUGGCAUUCAAAUAUGUCUUGCCUAAUCACUUUCAAAAUCAAGUCUUUAUUGCUUUACAGACCAUGGGUGGUACUUUCUCAGGGAAACAACAGGAUUGUACAAAAGGAAUUUAUGCCUUAUCAGGUUGGUAUCGCAUGUACCCUUUCAAUAGUACAAAACAAAUGUCCUGAGUUACCAUUACAUUCAGCUAAAAUGGAUUGAAAUGGUUCCUUUUCGAGGCACACGCGACGGGGGCAGCCUCAUUCCGUCGCGCGUAUCUGGUGCUCCUCGCUUGCAUCGUGCUUGCCAACGCGAAGAUGACGAAAUAACGCAUGUAGUUAACGAACCUUCAGCGCUUAUGUUAUGUAUUACCUUAAACUUUAUCAAGAUCGCGGGAAUGCGGUAAUGGUGUAUAAAUGUGGCCUUUUAAAACAGAUUAUUCACCUCGUAAGUUGGAAGUCCUGGCGUUUUCUAGUUGGUGAUACAGUGUUAUGACAAGUUUUCAUGGAGCCGGAACGUUAUCGUUUUUUUCUUGCAGCUCAAGAUGUUUUCAAACAGAACAAAUCACCGAAACAUAAAAACAAGGAUCUUCUAAUAUCUGCCAGUUAUUUUGAGAUUUAUGGAAGCAAAGUAAGUGAAAAGAUCUCGAGAAUUUUCAACAUGCUGCAUUUCAAGGCCUGGGAAUAUCAGGUUUCAUGGCUGUCAAAAAUUGCAACUGUACGUCUUGUUAUUUCUUUAAAAAUGUGUAUCCUUCUAAACCCCCCGCCACCACCACCGCCACCAAAAAAAAAUGCAUGUAUUCAUUAUGUAAAACGCUAAUGUUUUAUUGUAGCUGUUUGAAAGCUGAUUUUAACUCCGUUAAGAUGGACCAAUUUAAGCGAAAACGCGGACGACCUUGGCUGCAAGAAGACAAAAAUUUCAAUAGCCGUCGUCUUGAUUUUAAAGGCCAUUUUCAUCCUUCUGUUUUUUAGGUAUUUGAUUUACUGAAUAAGAGGAAAAGACUAAGAGUGUUGGAGGAUGGAAAUCAGCAAGUCCAGGUAAAAAAAGGCAAUUGAUCAAUGUCUUGUGUGGUUUAAAUGUUAGCAUUGUAGCAAUAGUCGAACUUUGAAAUCUGGCCAAUCAGCACUACGGGGGCAAACAAAUGUACCAAUCAGAUCUCGGCUAAGUACUGUAAGCGGCUCCAAACGCGGGAAAAACUUGCAAGCAGCUGACGAAUGGUUUAUUUCAUGCUUCUGAUUGGUUUAUUUAAGUGUCACGCCGGGUUUCUUAGCCAAUCACAGUGUUUGGCUAUCCAAACCAAAAGUGAUUACUCCUGAAAAAGUUAUCGAUCAAUGUUCUGUUUACCAUUAUUCUCGGUGUAGGGAAGCAGUGUCGAGUAGUGAUUCUUGUCUAGGGAAACAUACUAUUCAGGAGAAGGCAAAACUCUACGAGCUUCCUUUAUGUUAGUUUACUCACCUGGGUCUUGAAUUUACAAUUUUGUUUUUUGUUAAUGUUUGUCUGUUUGUUUGUUUUUGGCGUUACUUUUCACGGCAGGUCUGUGACUUGGAAGAAAAGAUAGUGCAUUCAGUGCAGGAUACAUUGAAACUCAUCGAGCUUGGUAAUAAACUCAGGUAAGCAACACCCUCGGCACAUAGUUGUCUUCGAGCAUCUUGUUAGCAAACCAUAAAGAAAGGUUUAUAAGCAGCUUUUCAACACGCAAAUCGCCAGUCAUGUUUUUUCCAAUUUUCAGCAUUCACAUGCAGAUCUUUGCGUUAUCAGUGUGUAUUUUAGUGUAGACUUAAAAAGACAUGAAAUCGCGUGUAGAUCACGUGUGGUUAUUUUCCUUUAGGACUUCUGGGCAGACAUCAGCCAAUCAGAAUUCGUCGAGAUCUCACGCGGUAUUUCAGAUCAUCUUGAGAAAGAGGUAAGUUAGAAUACACUGAACUGAAAUUUUCUCCGUAAACUCCGAGAAAGAAAAGGUUCUGUUUUUCACUGACCAUGUUUUCGUUUCUUUCUUUUUAGGGGAUUCAGAAAGGAUGGCGGGGGAGGCCAACUUUACGGCAAAUUCUCACUAAUAGAUUUGGCAGGUAAGUCAGUUCCAAACGUUUUUAGUUUCUCCUUGCUGGGCAUUUAGUGGUGUUGAAAAUUAUUUAUCGAGUCGGUUAACAGUAAACGUCUAAGACCUUGCACUGUGACGUGCCGUAGCAAUGAACUGUAGUAAAACUAUCACUUUCAAACGUUUCUACCAUUAAAAUAUGCCACUGUAAAACUAAAGGAAAAAUAGUUGAUGAACUCCUUCUCAUCUGUUAGGUAGAUUUAGCGAAGACAACGCAAUGUCAAAAAUGACGUAAAAGCGCGCUGAAAGGACUGAACUCGACUUCCGGUGCUCAAUUUUCUGCCAUUGGUCCGGUAUUUUUUUACGUUCUGCGUGCGACGUCAUCACUGUCGUGGCGUUGUCUUUGCUAAAUCCGCCUAUUGUUUGACAUGCGCACAGGAAACGAAAGAGGCGCUGACACUUCAACCGCUGACCGAGUUACAAGACUUGAAGGCGCAGAAAUAAACAAGAGUUUACUGGCUUUGAAGGUUAGUAUUAUUUUUGUUUAAGAAGCAAACGUAGAGAAGGAGAAACGGUAACGGAAGAGAUAAUGCAGGAUAAUCACGCCUAUUUUUGGAUAGGCAUCUUUACAAGAUUAAUCAACGACUUCCAGUGAGGUUAGUGAAGUCUUGGGAGGGUGCAAAUUGUUCGUGCGGAAAAAAGUGGAAUCAAAGGAAUAUCGCUUGGGCGUGGGGUAGUGUGGUUUCUAUUUCGCCAAACUCCAUUCCCAUGGGCUAUUUGUUUUGUAUCAAGUAAAAAAAAUUAAAGGUCUCUAACUUCUUCGCCAGCGCAUGAGUAAGAGGUGCUCGAAAGGGAAGGGGAAAGGGGAAUUCGCGCGCGAUGAAACGCGAAUUUUAGCCUCGCGUGUCUCCCUCGUGCGCGCCUGUUCUUUCUUACGUCCAUUACUUCCACGCUCCUGCUACGCAGGCUACGAGAAUUCCCUCCUUCCGCCAUGUUGUUUAGUUCAUUGCUUCUUCUCUUUACAGACUGUAAGUUUAUUUUCAAUCUUCACAGGAAUGCAUCAGAGCUCUUGGAAGAAAGGGAGCACAUCUACCUUUCAGAGCAAGCAAACUGACGCAGGUGAGAAACUUCAUACACUCUUCCAGGCAGCUACUAUGUCAAGGAAGAAUAAGUUAUCUAAUGUACAGAAAUGGUGAACAAAGGCCCCCUUAAAUACACUCUGUAAGCAGCUUUGUGGUGAUUCACUCUUUGCGGUAUUGUUUUUACUCCACAGGUUCUCAGAGACUCAUUCAUAGGAGAGAACUCAAAGACUUGUAUGGUAAGGUUCGAUUGUGAAUGAAGCUUUAGAGAUUUAGAUCAGUCUCCAUAAUUUUGUACCGUUGCCUUUAGAUCGCCAUGAUAUCGCCGGGAAUGAAUUGUUGUGAACACACCCUGAACACACUUCGUUAUGCCGACAGGUAAGUAGCAAUCGAGACUGCCAAAUUUAUCAUGUUUUGUUAAUGUUGUUAAUUUUUGAGUAAACUGGGCCUGCAACGUAAGGAGCUGGUCAAAAAGCAUAGGGAAGGGUGAGUCAGAGCAGAGAGAGGGGGAGGGUCGUCAGUUUUUGCACCCUGUGCAAGGUGUGGGACGUGCAAUUUUUAGCUAUCCUUAUGGGUGUGUCUCAUCCUAUUUUAUUACAGAGAUAUGAUUUUUCAUACAUAUAAUUUGGUUUCACUGGAUUAAAAGUAAACCAAAUAAAUGUUUACUAGUAGGGAUGGCUAGGUAACUUUUAACCUUCAGUUAGGGGUAGCCUUUUCCAAAAAGAGAGGAUGGGCCAUGUGUUUUUCGUCCUUCACAUUUUGAAAGCUCCAGCCCCAGCCCCUUGCCGUACCUUUUUCCAGCCCCUAAUUGUAAAAAGCGUUGCCUUUGUUUUCUAAUGGUUCCAUGAAUGUUUGGCAGAAGACUGAGUAGAAGCAUUAUCUCCUUUGUCUCGGUAGAGUAAAAGAGCUUGGACCCGAGAGUAACCGCAAAAAGAAAGGAGCUGCAGCUAAUGGCAGCGAAGAUGAUGGAAGCAGCCCUGAUGAGAUGUCCUCUCUGUCAGGUGGCCGACAUAUCAACAAUGUGGAUCUUGCUCUUCUCUGUAAUCACAGUGUACGUAUUCAUUUAAUGUGACUUCACAACUUCCCUUCUCAAACGCAUUGAUAUUUCUUGAAGAGAAAACUACCGUGACACACAGUGGCUUGGAUAUCAGAUCUUAAUGUAAAAUUUUGCGACCCUUGAGCUUUGCGUUUCUUCAAGAGUUAUCGUUCAUUUUAGAAGCUAUGGGUUAGUGCUUAGAUGCUCCAUCCUGCUUGUAGAUUUGAACUGGUCAGUUAUAUUUUUGGCUUCUUCCGCAGGGCUCUGGUGAGCAGUCCCAAGAACUUUACACGUUCCACGAAGCAGUUUCCCAGUUGCAGGAUGCUGAAGAUAAACUAGUUGAUGAUCACAGGAAGAACAUUGAGGUAAAGCAGUUAAUUCAGGAGCCUUUUGAAUCUCAAGUACUUGCGUUGUCAACCACAGAAGUGGCUGAGCAGAGUUAAGCGUCUCUUUUUAAUGGUUUGAUAAAAUGUUUGAUUUGCCACCAUUUAAAUAAACGCUGAAAAAAAAAAGGUCCAAUUUUUUUCUCAGUGGUUAAAACUUGUUAGAUGUGCACUGGAAACUCUGCUUUUACUUCAAAGAACGCGACCCAUCUUAAAUUCAACAGAAAUUCUUGAUUGUAUUUUUUGUACAAUACUAAAAGACAUGUGAAAGCACUGUUGAAGAGGUUUUAUUUGUCGCAAGAAAGGAUUCUGUUCCAAGUUUAAUUGCUAAUCGCCUUCGUCUCUGUUCAUAUCUUUGAUGCAGGAAGCUGAGACAUUAUUACAGGAAGAAAGAAAACUGAUGGAGAGAGUAGACACAGAUGUGGAUUACAAUAUGGAAGGUAUUAAGUGACCUUAACCCUUUAAGCCCUAAGAGUGAUCAGCGUCAAAUUUCUCCUUAUAAUAUCAAUUCUUUAUAAAACAGAGUGGUCAUGAGAAUUAAGGACAUGAUCACACAAGAUGAAUCUAAUUGAUACUUCAACAAACUCUCCCUACUACUUCUAUUGAAAACGUAUAGGGAUAACAAAUGAGAAUUUGAAUUUUGAUAUUAGGGUUUAAAGGGUUAACAACGGUCUUGGAGUGCUUACCAUUUAUACAAGCCACCCGGGUAGAAAUCUUGUGCGUAAAAAUAAAACUACAAAAUUUGAUGUUAUGGGAGAACGACCCGGUACAAGGUAUUUGGAAAUCAGCUCAACAAACUGAAAUGUGUAGAAAAAUUUCUUCCCCUCAAAUCGCAGCUAAUUUUUUUGAAGCUUCCUAUUCGGAAUUGCGCGAACCAUUUGAUUUUCCAUCCUUAAUUUUCGGUUUUGCAUGUAAAUACUCGUGAUUUGUAUGUUGUUUGUCUGUCUUUUGUGUUGUUCGUUCAUCAUAUACUUUCAGUGUUGCUAUUAUUACUAUUAUUUUUAUUAUUUUUUUUAAUCGGUGAUCUGUGUGCAAUUUUACAGAAUAUGUACGACGAUUAGACGAAAUACUGGCGCAAAAGAUCGAGAAAUUCACCCAGCUUCGAGGUAAGACUGCAUUGCUAACCUUUUUCAGUGCCUCCUUGUUAGCUUGUUGUUGCGUAAAACACGGAGCUUUAUGCUCUCUCGAUCUCAAGGGGCAAUUCUUUCACCUGUGAACGAAUCCGUAUUUCCGGUCGUCGCUUCUCUCCACCCGGGUGAGGUGUGCUCGUAGGCUAGGAAUUACUUUGAUUGGUGAAAAGAAAGUCGGGCACAAAAAGGAAAACUAGACUUACUGAGACUUGGCCAUUCUUGUCGCCAGGACCCCUCUCUCUUCAGUUACACAGCCUUAUCGACUUAGGGGACACUGGGAACGAAAUUGGACUUAAGCUUACGUUUUCUGAUUGGUUCGUGCCUUGCAUCUGUUGUGUUUCGGUUUUUUGUUUUGUUAGAGUCAUAACUUUGCUUUCGUUUUAUUGUCAUUUGUUUUAUCGUUGGCUAAGCUGUCUUUUCCUUUAUUUCCUUUCACAUUUUUACUUGCCUUUUUACUUUGUAGACAAAGUAAACAAGUUCAAGAAACAAUUGGAAGAAGAAGAAAUGGCGAGCCGAAAUAUAAGAAAAUUACCAGGUUAUUAGCGCUCGCUCGACAAUCUACGGCUGAAGUGUUUCCUGAUGGGCAAUCUAAGACCGUGAACCUGUUGCUUAAUGAUCUGCAGAAGGAAAUAUUCGUUAAGAUAUCAACGCAUCAUGCCAUGAAGGGAUCGAUUUGGACUUUCGCUCAGUCGGUGAACAUACAUUUAGAGGAACCGCAAUAUUUAAGUUGAAUAUCAGCUGCAAAGCACAGUUGUUUUGGAAAAAUCUUAUGAACAAUUUGGUCUUGUUUGUGGCUGUAUAUUUAUUAUGUCGAUUAGAGUAGGCGCAUGUCACGUUGUGUGUAAGAACAAAGAGGUGAAUGGUAUGAAAGCUGUAAAUUGUGAGUGGUUUAUUAUAUGUUGAUAAUGUUUUUGCUUUAGAGCCUUGUAAGACAAAAUAAGCUAAAAAUAGCCCUUGCAUUACGUUUGUACAACUCAGAGUUUUCCUUAUUGUUCGUAUAGUAAGAAAUAUUGACAAGGCGUACAGGUUGGAAUUCCUUCAUUACCUUUCUACACAGAAUUGCCGGAAAGGUUUCAUUGUUGUUUUCCUACAGUGAGAAUUAUUCCCAAGUCUUAGAAUUCUGUUUACUCCUGAGUGUUGCGAUGAUCAGCAACAAAAGUGUCCGAGUUAUUGAAGUGUUUAUGAUAGUCAGUGGGGAAGGUCAAAAAUUAAAGACAUUGACUCAUUCAAAAACGGUUUUUAAUUUUUGAAUCAAGCAUGUCUUGCGAACCUCAAGAGUUAGCCAUAAGUAAUGCCUCUAAGAGAGCUAUUUAAUUCUAGCUUUUAUUCUUCCGUUAUUUGGAAUAGCCUGGAACAAGGUUUUCUCUUGCAGUAGAAAUCUAUACUUGAAGCCAGUGUUUGGUUGUCUUCUUAGCGUACCUCAAAAAUGCCAUGGGGUACCUACAAAAACCUUGAAACACUUUGGAGAAUUCUGCUCCGUUUCGUUUCCCCCUCCCUUUUGCAAUGUUGUUGUAGCCACGUAACUUUGCAAUCACAUCUGAACAUUGGAGAGGGAAUGGGACGUGCAUAGGUGUUUCAGGGACUUUGGGCGAGGAUUGCAGAUAUCUGGCUCCGGUUGUUCAAACGUUGGAUAGCGCUAUCCACCGAAUAAAUCGCAAUUAAGUGGAUACGUUUAGGGAAAUCAAUUGCGUUGUCCACUGGAUAGCGAUAUAGCGUUAUCCACGUUUCGAACUAUUGGUCCCUGUUUUGGUACACUGUGAACAGAUGUCUUGGGCGCUGACUUGACGUUCGAACCCAACUUACAAAGGUUUACAAAAACGUGAAGACUCCUUAAUAGAAACUCUUUCCAACUGGAAAAUAGCCUUCGUAGCAGGCGUUCGAAAAGGAAAGUGAAGUAAAAGGAGAACGCGUUUCAUUCGCACUCCCUCGAGAGCCCUUCGCGCAUCUCGCGCGUCCAAAAGCUCCUUCCCCUUUUUAUUUCGAAUGCCUUCCACGGAGACUUACUGGAAAAUACCCACUGAUACUUAUAAAGGUAAUCGACCGAAUCCUUGUUGCUCUUAAG